AUUCAGAAGGCUGUAUCCGCUUGGACUGUGAGUGCCUUUUGUCCUGGUGUGAGGGGUGAUACAUGUGGUCUCUGGCGGCAGCUCUGUCUCCAGCUGGGGCAGGACCAGGCCUAGCUCCUCCUUAGGCCCCCCGAGCAGUACGGCGGUGAGAUGGCCGACUGCUACACGGAGCUGGAGAAGGCGGUCGUGGUCCUGGUGGAAAACUUCUACAAGUACGUGUCUAAACACAGCCUGGUCAAGAACAAGAUCAGCAAGAGCAGCUUCCGGAAGAUGCUUCAGAAAGAGCUCAACCAUAUGCUGACGGACACGGGAAACCGAAAGGCGGCCGACAAGCUCAUCCAGAACCUGGACGCCAACCACGAUGGGCGCAUCAGCUUCGAUGAGUACUGGACCUUGAUAGGCGGCAUCACCAGUCCCAUUGCCAACCUCAUCCGCCAGCAGGAACAGCAGGACAGCAGCUAGAGGACCCUCCCACCUUCCCUUCAUGGCGCUGCCUGCCGCCCAGCCCCUGGUGCACUUCCCCGGCUCCCCUCGGCCUCCUCUGCCCACCCAGGCUCCCACCCUCGCUUCUCCCUCCAGACCUUCUGCUGGCCCUUGCUGAACAGGGCAAAGGGCCCCUUUGUGAUGUCUCAGUCUGGGGGUGACUCCUUAGGGGUCUUAGUCCCUGGAGCCAGCAGGCUCUGAGGCCCCCUCUGAGUUUUCAGUGCUGUUUGGGGGGUCCCACGAGUUUCCUCACCUGCUUAGCCCAUCAGCCCUUCCAGCGGCUGAUGUUCUGCCUGAUUCGGGGUCUCUCCCGACCUCUGGAGGUCAGCUUGCUGCUUGAGGUCUUCCUGCUCCUGGCAGCGGCAGCAGAGCUCUCCCCUUUCUCUCACCCCCUUUGCUGGGUAGAGAAGAUUCCCAGGGACUUCCCUCCCAGCUCUGGGUCAGGGGACAGCUGAGCAGGGCUGGGCCCCCACCUUCCUACUCACUGAAGCGAUGGCAGUGAGGCUGGAUUUGGAGUCUGUACCCCUUACCCAGUCCCGUUGUGAUGCUCAUUAAAGCCUUUCCGCUCCCU